UAUGUCAUAUUGUAUCCACAUCCAGUAUUGUAUUGGUAAUUGGUAAUUACAAACUGUCAGUGAAAGUUGAGAAUCAAUCGUCCUUUUUGCUGAACACAAAAUUUUUGAAAAAUCAUUUUAAUUAGUGGCUAACGGAUACGAAACAGGAUAUAUUCACAAGACUAAAAUGUUGAGUUUCCGUCCCAAACUGGGGACAGAAAGGAGCAGUGAAUAUCUCUGCUGCUUUUGCCUCCACGUGAGAACUGGCACCAUUUUACUGGGGUCAUGGCAUUUGAUUUUACACCUCAUUGCACUGGGGUUCUUGGUGGCAGUGGUAAGAGACCCCAGACUUCUAGAGAAUUUGGAGCGUGAUUCCUCUCCAGUAGCAAACUGGGGUGAUAUCGGAGCCCCUAUGCCAACACCUCUAUCUAAUAUUGAAACUCGUCCAAGCCCGUAUCCUCAACAUGAAGUGCACAUUCGCGAUUACAGCUUCAUUGACCAUGAUGUGGAUAUGGGUGCCCUGGUUACAGUGUGUACACUGGCUAUCACUCUCAUGCUGAUAUAUGGAGCAUCACGUGGUAAGCCGGCACACCUGCUGCCGUUCUUCUGUCUUCUGAUAUUCAAUUUUGCUAUCACUGUGCUAACGGCGACCGGCUAUCUGUGUUACCUACGCUCCAUACACCAACUCGUUGCUGAAACCCGACUGGUGCCAUGGCGCGAGGAACUGCUGUCAUUGCCGGCUCCCGCACUUGCUCUUAUCGUGCUCGCCGCUCUAAUGUUCGACGUACUCCUGAAGGGGUACUGCAUCAGUAUUAUUUGGCGCUGCUACAAGUACCUGACCAUGAGGAGCCACGCGGUCCACAACCUGACACCGUUCGUGAUUUCCAGCGAGGGCACCGUCACACCGGCCUACCCUGCGCCAGAUUACUCUAAUCUGUUGCCCGACUAUGAAGAGGCGGUGAAGCAAACACCACCGCCUUCAUACAGGGUUGCCACCCUCAUGGCUGACAAUAAUCCAGCUCCAUCACAACCCCAACAGAACUCGUCUCCUGCCACCAACACUGUGGUGAUGCUGCCUCAGCCGGGAUCCCAGGCUCGAGUCUAAUCAUACUAUUUUCAACCAAUACCUUAGUUCACUCUAAAAUAUAUUUUCUGUAACCUAUUGUGCUGUCUCUCCUAAUUCAUUAAUUCUUGCUCAAUACACUGUUUAUAUAUGGAUCUGUCAGAGUAAUACUUAUUUUAAAUCUAUUUUUUUUUUUACUAACAUUCGACUGUUGUAUUUAAAUAUGUUGUUUUUUUGUUUGUUUUUUUUUUUUUUUUGUAAAUCAUCACCUUUUUUUGUGAAGAUGUAUUUUCGGGUUAAACUCUUAUACGAAUAGCAUUUGAUUUUAACGUUAAAAAUAUGUACCUGUGUAAAUGUUGGAAAUUUUUAUUUUUUUAUUUUGUUAUUUAAUGACAUUUUAGGAGACGUGCCAUUUUUGAAGACAUUUUUGUUAUGUAUAACCUUCUCCAGAAACAUUUAUUGAUAUAACAUUCCAAAAAAUAUUAAUGAAAAAGCUUUACAACUUCAUCUACAGUGUAGUUUUAAACAUAAAGGAUACAAUGCUAUUGACAUGAACUCCAAAAAAAUAUUUAAUUUAUAUAAUAACUUCUCAAAAGACUAUGUUAUUUAUGGCUAUGAUCACCAACAAUAUCCUUAUUGUUUUUUUACUAAAACCUGAUAAAUAUCUGAAAAAAUACAAAAAAAAACUUUAUAAAUAUUAUAAACAAAUUGUUUAGCAACUGCAAUUUGCAACCUUUUUCAAUGUGAUUCUUUUUUAUCUGUAGUGUUGGAUUGAAAGCAGUUAAAAAAACAUUUUGAGCAUACAAAAAUAUCUAUGCUUUUAAAGAAAAUUCAAAAUUCGCUCUAUUCUAAAGUAGAACAUAGAUGCCAUCUUAAAUUGAAAUAAAUAAAAAUGGCCAAUGGACUUGGUUCAGGCCGCGAGUAGUUUCAGAAAGGCCUAAACUAAGUUGUAUUAUUAAACUGUAUGUAAAUCAAUGAUGUACUUAUUGUCUAUGAUGUAGUUUUUGUGUGGUAUUUUUACCAUUUUGCUAUCAUUUGUAUCGGGCUACGACAUGUUUUCUUUUUUAUAAUUUUUUCUGGUUUGCAUAUAGUUGAAAUCAGUCUAUAUAUAUAUAAUUUUUAUUACUUUUGGGGUUAGCUUAAAUCCUGUUAGAAUAGUGUUAAGAAUAAGGUCUAUAAAAAUCUGUGUGUAAACUAAGCACUAAAUUAUUGACUAACUGUGGUAGAAAUGUAUUUAUCUGAAAUAAAAUAUAGUCUGAA